GUCCAAAAUGUUCGGCGGUCUCUGUUGAUGUUCCUACAAGUCCAAGUGACGAUGGCCACCAAGCCCGUUGAGUGGGUUUCGUCGCUCAUCACGCGUUUCGAAGAACAGCUCCCAUGCCGGAGUGGGCCUCAGACGACUCACUCCCGCAUCAACGUCGAGCAGAACAAGGAAUGCCUCAUCAACAUCAGCAAGCACAAGUUCUCCCUGGUCAUCUCGGGGCUCACCAAGAUUCUCCACUCAGUCAAUGAUGUGUUUGUCUACCAGAGGUCGCACAGUCCAAUCCAGCCAGAGUUCGAGAAGAACUUCUACGAGUCGCAGCUCAUUGUGCUGGACACACUCGAGAAAUGCCUCAGCAGGCAACCCAAGGAGACAACGCGGUAUGACGAGACCAUGAACGUCAAGGCACUGCUCCGCGAGCUCUGCCAGUUCAUAGACAUGCCAGACAGCCCCAUGGUGGUGCCACUCAAGAACUUGGCCUCCAAAGUUCUUUUUGCCCUCAGCCUCAACAACUUCAACGCCGUCUUCAACCGCAUCUCAGGCAGGCUUCAUGAGCUCUCCAAUGCCAACGAGGAGACCACAGACUUCAGUGACAUUGAGCUCAUCCAGCACAUCAAUGUCGAUGUGACCAGGCUAAUCAAGCUACUAAAUGAGAUCUACUCUAAGUUCCGGUCACUGCGCAAGAACGCCCAUCUCUGCCUCAUGAGCAACUUAGAAAAGGCAAUCUGGAAUUGGAUGGACACGUAUCCGCACGAGUUUAUGGAGCUACAGAACAAGCCCAACGAUGAGCUGGCAGAUGCGUGCGACCGCAUGUUUGAUGUGCUGGACAGCUUUGCAGAGAACAACAAGCGGCGGGCCCAGGCCUGGCCCCUGCAGAUCAUGCUGCUGGUCCUGUGCCCUAUUAUCCUGGAGGAAAUAGUGAAUGCUGACUCUGGGGCUCCCUGUUCGCCACGCCAUCUGAAGAAGAGGCAGUUCAUUGACAAUGUCAAGAAAGCCCUGGUGCCACAUGGCACCAGCAAGCAGCUGACAGAAGCUGCAGCCGUGACAUGUGUCAAGCUCUGCAAAGCGUCCACUUACAUCAACAUCCUGGACAGCAACAACGUUGUCUUCGCCCUCGUCCAAGUGGUCAUCAAUGACCUCAAGCUGCUGCUGUUCAACCCGGCCAAGCCAUUCGUCCGCAGCCAGGCCACGGUGGCCCAGGACGUGGAGCUCAUGACUGACUGUUUCGUCUCCUGCUUCCGCAUCAACCCGCACAACAACGAGGCGCUCAAGGUGUGCCUGCACGCCGGCGGACCCACCUGGACGUACCAGCACGUGCUGCUGGGCUCCCUUCUGCGUGUGGUGAGCCAGCCGCGGCUGGCCUGGUGGCCCCAGGUGGACCUGCUCUACUCCAAGGCCCCCGAGCUGCGGCACAUGUUCACCGACACCCUGAACCGCGUCACCCAAGGGUUCGUCUCGCACGGCGGGAGCUCCUCGGGGGGACCUGCCAAGAUGAUCCCCAGCCUGACGCUGAAGGAGAAAGUGAGCACUCUCAAAUUCAAGGAGAAGACUGAGGAGCAGCUCUCCUACAAAAACCUGCUGCUACUCAUGGUGCGACUCAUCCAUGCCGACCCCAUGCUCAUGCUCAACAGCCAGGGCAAGGCCGGCCAUGAAGUGCAGAGCAGCACGCUGGAGCUGAUCAACGGUCUGGUGUCGCUGGUGCACCAGCCGCCCAGCAUGCAGGACCUGGCACAGGAGGCCAUGGAGGCCCUGCGAGUGCUGCACCUGCCCGAGCACAUCGAGCGGUGGAACCCCGAGGCACCCAUCAACACCUGCUGGGACCUCUCCUCACAGGCGCUGUUCUCCAUCUCACAGAAGCUGAUCCAACACCAGAUCAUCGGCUACACAGACGUGCUGCGGUGGCUGCGCGAGGUGCUGCGGUGCCGCAACGCCUUCCUGGCACGGCACCGCGAGUAUGCCAACCUGGGCUCCCAUGUGGCCAUCUGCAAGCAGGCACACAUCAAGCUAGAGGUCGUCUUCUUCAUGUACCUCUGGAGCGUUGACAUUGACGCCGUCCUCGUCGCCAUGUCCUGCUUUGCCCUGCUUUGCGAGGAGGCUGACAUACGGUGUGGACAGGACGACCUGACCGUCACCUACCUGCUGCCAAACUAUCACGUCUAUCAAGAGCUGGCCACUGCCAGCACUGUGCUUACCACUGGUCGGGCAGUGCUGCAGAAGCGGAUCAUGGCCUUGCUCAGGAAGAUCGAGCACUGCACCCAGGGAUGCUCCCUGGCAUGGGAAGACACAUUCAUGAACUGGGACGCAGUGACCAAGCUACUAGUGAGCUACCCCAAGUCCAAGCUGGAGGAAGGCCAGAUGAUCUGCGAGUCGCUCCACCGCACCAUCGGCAAGCGGCGUGCCUCCCACCAGAGCACCGAGCACGAGCUUGAGGACCAGCUCAACGAGUGGGCCAACAUGACGGGCUUCCUGUGUGCCCUCGGGGGCGUGUGCCUGCAGCGCAGGUCACCGUCCUCGUCCUCUCGGGCUCUGGUGCCCUCUUGCCGGUCGUCCCUCUACGGCGGUGGGGGAGGGGGAACCGGUACCCUCACUUCCCUGGACGCCCGCACCAAAGGAGGAGGAGCAACGGCUGGGGUGGCCGGAGGAGGUGGCGGAGGAAUGCUCACGCCAGGACAGGACAUCCAGUUCUGCCCCGUCACACAGUUUGUGGGUCAGCUGUUGCGUCUGCUGGUGUGCCACAACGAGAAGUUUGGCACCCAGAUUCAGAAGCACGUCAAGGACCUGGUGGCCCACGAGAUGAGCCCGACCCUGUACCCAAUCCUCUUCGACCAGAUCAAGGCCAUCGUCGAGAAGUUCUUCGACCCCCAGGGGCAGGUGACCGUGAUUGACACGAACACGCAGUUCAUUGAGCAUGUCAUCUUCAUCAUGAAGAGUGUGUUUGAAAAUCGGGUGGACCACACCACGGAGCACCUGGGUGUCACCAGCAUUGAGGCCAUGAUGCUCACCAUUGUCAGGUACGUGCGGCACCUGGACACAACAGUGCACGCACUGCACAUUAAAACCAAGCUGUGCCAGCUGGUAGAGGCUACCAUGGCCCGGCGGGACGACCUGGCCUUCCGGCAGGAGAUGAAGUUUCGGAACAAGCUGGUCGAGUACCUCACGGACUGGGUGAUGGGCAACAGCCACCAGAUGGCACCUCCAGGCUGCGGGGACGUGACAGCCAUCACCCGUGACCUGGACCAGGCAUGCAUGCAGGCAGUAGCUGCACUCUUGCUGGGCCUGCCCCUGCAGCCAGAGGAAAGCGACCGUGGCGACCUCAUGGAAGCCAAGUCGCAGCUCUUCCUCAAGUACUUCUCGCUGUUCAUGAACCUGCUCAACGAGUGCAGCGAAGCGGCGCCCGACGAGAAGGACGUCGGCCGCCACCGGCUCCAGUCGUCCAAGUUGGGCGAACUGCGCACCUGCACCAUCCAGGCCAUGUCCAACCUGCUCAGUGCCAACAUCGACUCUGGCCUGAUGCACUCCAUUGGCCUGGGCUACCACAAGGACUUGCAGACACGAGCAGCCUUCAUGGAGGUGCUCACCAAGAUCCUGCAACAGGGCACCGAGUUCGACAUGCUAGCCGAGACAGUGCUGGCUGACCGAUUUGAGCAGCUUGUCCAGCUGGUCACCAUGAUUGGCGACAAGGGCGAGCUGCCAAUCGCCAUGGCCCUGGCUAGCGUUGUCAUCACCCCGCAGAUGGAUGAGUUGGCGCGCGUGUUUGUGACCCUGUUCGACGCCAAGCACUUGCUGUCCCCGCUGCUGUGGAACAUGUUUUACAAAGAGGUGGAGCUGUCGGACUGCAUGCAGACGCUGUUCCGGGGCAACAGCCUGGGCAGCAAGAUCAUGGCCUUCUGCUUCAAGAUCUACGGCGCCUCGUACCUGCACAGCCUGCUCGAGCCCCUGGUGCAGCCCCUGCUGCUGGCGGACGGGCCCAGCUACGAGGUGGACCCCGCGCGGGUCGACGAGCACGAGGACGUCGAGGAGAACCGGCGCUCCCUGCUCCAGCUCACCCAGAAGGUCUUCAACGCUGUCAUCUGCUCCUCAGACCGGUUUCCGCCCCAGCUGCGCAGCAUGUGCCACUGCCUGUACCAGGUGCUCAACAAGCGCUUCCCCAACUUCCCACACAACAUCAGCGCAGUGGGCACCGUCAUCUUCCUGCGCUUCAUCAACCCGGCCAUUGUGUCCCCGUACGAGAUGGGCAUAGUGGACCGGCAGCCAUCGUCACGCGUCAAGAGGGGCCUGAUGCUCAUGUCCAAGAUCCUGCAGAACAUUGCCAACCACGUGGAGUUCAGCAAGGAGCAGCACAUGCUGCCCUUCAACGACUUCCUGCGUGCCAACUUUGAAGCCGGUCGCAGAUGGGUGAUGCAGAUCACGUCUGACUGUGAGUCGGUGGAGCCUGGCAGCCACAGCAUGUCGUUUGUGAGCGACGCCAACGUGCACGCCCUGCACCGGCUGUUGUGGAACCACCAGGAGAAGAUCGGGGACUACCUGUCGAGCUCGCGGGACCACAAGGCGGUCGGGAGGCGCCCCUUCGACAAGAUGGCCACCCUGCUGGCCUACCUGGGGCCGCCCGAGCACAAACCCAUGGACUCGCAAUGGAGCAGUAUGGACAUGACGAGCACCAAGUUCGAGGAGAUCAUGUCCAAGCACAACAUGCACGAGAAGGACGAGUUCAAGUCCAUCAAGUCGCUCAACAUCUUCUACCAGGCGGGCACGUCACGUGCUGGAAAUCCGGUCUUCUACUACAUUGCCCGCAGAUACAAGAUUGGGGAGACCAAUGGCGACCUGCUCAUCUACCAUGUUAUCCUCACUCUGAAACCCUUCUGCCACAAACCAUUCGAGCUCAUUGUUGACUUCACGCACACCUGUGCUGACAACCGAUUCAGGACGGAGUUCCUGCAGAAAUGGUUUGUGGUGUUGCCGGAGGUGGCGUACGAGAAAGUUCAGGCCGCUUACGUGUACAACUGCAAUUCGUGGGUGCGGGAGUACACCAAGUACCAUGACCGCAUCCUAGCACCGCUCAAGGGCAACCGCAAGCUAGUGUUCAUGGACACCCCGCAGCGGCUGCACGAGUACAUUGAACCUGACCAGCAGCGCUUGCCAGGUGCCACCCUCGCCUUGGACGAGGACCUCAAGGUGUUCAACAACGCCCUCAAGCUCUCCCACAAGGACACGAAGGUUGCCAUUAAGGUAGGUCCGACAGCCAUCCAGGUGACCUCUGCCGAGAAGACGAAGGUGCUCAGCCACUCGGUUCUCCUGAACGACGUCUACUACGCUUCCGAGAUUGAGGAGGUGUGCCUGGUGGAUGACAACCAGUUCACGCUGACCAUCGCCAACGAGAGUGGCCCACUGUCCUUCAUCCACAACGACUGUGACAGCAUCGUCCAAGCCAUCAUCCACAUACGUACGCGCUGGGAGCUCUCACAGCCUGAUUCAGUGACGGUGCACACCAAGAUCCGACCCAAGGACGUUCCAGGCACGCUGCUCAACAUGGCCCUGCUCAACCUGGGCAGUUCAGACCCCAACCUGCGGACUGCUGCAUACAACCUCCUGUGUGCGCUUACAGCCACAUUUGAUCUCAAGAUCGAAGGGCAGCUGCUGGAGACUGCUGGUCUGUGCAUCCCGUCUAACAACACCAUCUUCAUCAAGCAGAUCAGCGAGAAACUGGCGACCAAUGCAUCGCACCUGACGCUGGAGUUUCUGGAAGAGUGCAUCCAGGGCUUCCGGGCGUCAUCCAUUGAGCUAAAGCACUUGUGCCUGGAGUACAUGACCCCGUGGCUGCCCAACCUGACACGCUUCUGCAAGCACUCGGACGACAGCAAGCGCCAGCGGGUGGCCACUAUCUUGGACAAGCUCAUCACCCUGACCAUCGAGGAGGUGGAGAUGUACCCUUCCAUCCAGGCCAAGAUCUGGGGAAAGAUUGGACAGGUGUCCGACCUGCUGGACAUGGUCCUCGACAGCUUCAUCAAGAGAAGCGUCACUGGUGGCCUAGGCUCUGCUCAAGCCGAGAUCAUGGCUGACACGGCUGUGGCUCUGGCUUCCUCCAACGUCCAACUGGUAGCCAUGAAAGUCAUCAGCCGGCUAUGCAGGGUAAUAGAGAAGACGUGCACAUCGCCCACGCCCACCCUGGAGCAGCACCUCAUGUGGGACGACAUUGCCAUCCUGGCACGCUACCUGCUCAUGCUGUCCUUCAACAACUCGCUUGACGUGGCCAGCCACCUGCCGUACCUGUUCCACAUUGUGACGCUCCUGGUCCACACCGGGCCGGUCUCCCUGCGUGCCUCCCUCCACGGCCUGGUCAUCAACAUCAUACACUCCCUGUGCACCUGCACUAAGCCCUCGUUCAAUGACACGCAGCGCGUUCUCAGGCUAAGCUUGGACGAGUUCUCACUGCCCAAGUUCUACCACCUGUUCGGCAUUGGCAAGGUGAAGUCGACGGCAGUGACGGCCUUUCGGUCCAACUGCCGGCAUGGCCUGCUAGACCGGUCCUUUGCCUGCGCCACAGCCGACCAAGAGCGUAUGCCGCUCGCUUACCUCGAGAUCAUCACCGACGCCCUCCUCGAGAUCAUGGAGGCGUGCAUGAAGAACCUUCCCAGCUGCGACUGGCUCACCCAGUGGACAGCAUUGGCGAAGAGCUUUGCCUUCCGCUACAACCCAGCCCUGCAGCCACGGGCGCUCAUUGUGUUUGGCUGCAUCAGCAAAGGGGUGACGGACCAGGAGGCGAAGCAGCUGCUGCGUGUCCUCGUCAAGGCACUCGAGGCUUUCCAGGACCUGCAGCUUAUCGAUGCCAUCAUCAUGGGCCUGACGCGGCUGCAGCCCCUGCUGCGGCCGGAGUCCCCCAUCCACCGGGCCCUCUUCUGGGUGGCCAUCUCGGUGCUGCAGCUGGACGAGAUGGCCCUGUACGCCUCCGGGCUGGCCCUGCUCGAGCAGAACCUGCACACGCUCGACUCGCAGGGCAUGUUCGACACCCCACCCAACACCCUACGGAACAUCAUGAUGAGCACCCGGGAGCCCCUGGAGUGGCACUUCAAGCAGCUCGACCACUCCGUUGGGCUCAGCUUCAACUCCAACUUCCACUUUGCACUCGUUGGACACUUGCUCAAGGGUUUCAGGCACCCAACAGCCACGACAGUCUCUCGGACAGCACGUGUACUCAGCAUGCUGUUGGGCAUCGUGGCCAAGCCGCACAAGAGGGACAAGUUUGAGGUGACACCGGAGAGCGUGGCCUACCUGGCCGCACUGGUGUCGGUGUUGGAGGAGGUGCGCAGCCGUUGUCAUCUGAAGCAUCGGGUGUCGACGAGGGUGGCGUCAGAGGCACUGGCACGCACACCUCCCAGCCCUGUGCCCACCUCCCUGCCGACGCAGUUGGCAUCGUCUUCCUCGUCGGGCGGCCGGCGCCAGAAGUCCUGGGACCUGCUUGACCAGAACGCCCUGGCACAGGCACGGCUCGCCAAGCAGGGGACCACAACCCCAGCCCAGGGAGGAGGAGGAGGAGGCCAGGCACAGCAGCAGCAGCAGCAGCAGGGUGGUGGGGGCACGCCGCCCGGCCCUCCGUCGUCGACCAAGGACCCCAAGUUCUGGCGCAGCCUGGACACUAGCGAGGGCGGGGGCCGUCCCCUGUUCCGCACCCAGCGCAGCAGCUCUAUGCCGACACCUCGGUCACAAAAGGGGCCGCCCGGCACAGCCGAAGGGGACGCUGCCUUGGCACCGCCGCGUUCGUCCCGCGUGUCUGUCUCGAAUGAGGACAACGUCCUGCUUGACCCCGAUGUGCUCACGGACUUCCCCACUCAGGCCCUGGUGCUGACUGUCCUCGCGACCCUUGUGCGUUUUGCGACGGAUGAAAACGAGACGCGCAUCCUGUAUGAGUACUUGGCCGAGGCCUCUGUGGUCUUCCCCAAAGUGUUCCCCGUCAUUCACAGCCUGUUGGACGCCAAGAUCACGACGGUGCUGUCGCAGAACCAUGACCACAUCAUCCUCAGUGCUGUGCAGUGCAUCAUCCAGAACAUGAUUGCCUGCGAGGACAGCAGCCAGCAGCAGCUGCACUACCUACAGACCUGCGGCUUCGGAGGACUGUGGAGGUUUGCUGGUCCCUUCUCCACGAGCCAGACUAACUUGGACAACGCCGAGUUGUUUGUCAACUGCCUGGAAGCCAUGGUUGAGACGAGCCUGCCGGCCGACGAGGGUGAGCUCAGCCAGUACCCCAGCUCCCUGUCGGUGGCCUCGGCCAUCAACCUCUCCUCUUCCAUGAGCAGCCUGACACUGGCCUCUCCCACCGACAAGGACGGCGGGGCGUGCUCGGAUGGGGGUGGAAGUGCACCCACACCCGGAUCGGGCGCCCCGCCCGACCGCGCCCGCUCAGCCUCCCAGCUGUCCAAGCAGCGCAGCUUCAAGUGCAAAAACCCCAGUGGGUCGGGGGCACCCAAGAGUGGACGUACCUCGCACUGAACAGCUGUCAGCUGUGGGACCUUGCAACGACGGUGCAGGCUGUGAUGUGAUUACCUAUCGUUGGACACCCUUACUCUGCAGUGCCAGGCAGGGUAGCCUGCCCUGUGAAACGUAGCCUGCGCUCCUGGGAUGGGACCAAGGUGUCUGCUUCUGGCAACAUCCCACCGCACACCACUAGCCAGUUCACCUCGUGUCAUGUCGAGGCAGCUGCAGCCUUGGUGGUGGUACCAUAUCCAGGUCACCAGAUCUCUCGGGAACUAGGGUGAGAGGUGUCUCAGCCUCUGGUUCAAUGCUCACUUUAAUGUGUGAGGCAACCCUCGGCUCGUGACUCAGCACUGACGUCAUCAUCCUCUUCGACAGAGGUCUAGGUGACAGCGAAGUUUUGGCGUGGAUGUUGUCUUUGUCCUUGUUGUACUGAUCGCUACAAUCGUCUUGGCAAGGCCAUCCAAUUGCAAACUCCCUUGCAACUGUUUUAUCAGUGGCAGGGUUUCAGGUAACAGGUUUGCCAUCCCUGGAACGUAAAUCUUGGUAGCUGCGUCUCGUGCUGCAGCAGUGGUGCCGCAGUCUGCUUCAGAUGCCAUCAUACCGUGUGUGAGAGCUCGAUGCUCUCGUUCAUUACGGGCUACUAUUCCAAGUUGUUACACUCAUCUCUUUCUAGCUCACUACUAGCUAGCCCAGUCAUCACGGUACUUUGUCAUCUGCUAAUGAACCCUUGACAUGACAGCAUGGCAAGCAUUCUCGCAUUCCAUACUGGAGUCAUAGCUCCGCAUGACAGUCUCAUUUAAUUCAUGCCGCAAUGCAUCGUAUAACCCCAUUUUUCGUGUCGUGGGGAAGCACAACUUCAAGCCCUAAACAGCUGCCCAAUUAGGGAGCGGCUUGUUGGUUCUCUUGUAGGAAUCCAGCGUACAUGCUACUUACUAUUGAAACAUGCACGAGAAACAGAAAAGUGUCCCGGCUUCUAUUCGGAGAGUGUACGUCUGGUGUGCUCAGAAUGUCUUUAUGAGGGCCAUAAAUUUACCACUCUGAAGAAGACAGGAUCCUGACCAGUCACAAUGAUCGCCGUCUGCAGACCUUGCUUUCCAAGCAGACCGAGCCAAAAAUUUUCUGCAUUUAGCAAUUGGUGGCAUAGUGUCCUUACGCAGACUUCUGCAUUUAUCCCUGGCUGAAAGGUCGAAAAUGUUGCUCCUUUGAAGCAGUUCUUCAGUGGACCGUGACCAUCACUAGAAAGCUCUGGUAUCCCAAAUGUCAGCUAGUCUGGGGAGCCCACUGGCGAGGUUCUACUGACACAAGUUUAUUCUGGUAUUGUUUGAAAAAAGCUCAGGCUCAUUUCUUAUGCUUAAAAACAAAUUAACAAAGGCAAGUCAUCGGGAUGUUUUGCAUCUUGCACACAGGAUUCUUCUUUGGGACAAUAACCAAGGAUUCUUCUUGCGUGCAUUUUUUUGUGAUGUGAUUGACAAAGCAACUCGGAGCUUGGCUUCUUUCAGGUUGGCUGGUGAGAGCUAUGAAAAGGUCAUUGAUGACGACAUGACCAAUGGCCGAGGCAGAAUGUGCUGCAACUCUGUCAGAUGCACCCUUCUGGUGGUGUUGUGCGAACAGCACUUGUCCCAGCCCUGUGUCAUUCCGAGACGACGGCCAUGUUGUCACCUCUCAGCCUCCAUGGGGAAGGUGUUGAAUUGGGAGUGAACAAGGGUUUGAAUGUUCAGAUUACUCUCCAAGAAGGCUGCCAACGCUCUGUAUUGUUCGCGGCUCUAGACUUAUACCACAGACGAGGAGGAUGAACCUAUACUCCGUAUUGUACACAGCAGACAAUGCUACGAAGGCUAGAGAGAUUUGUGCCACUGCUCUAAAUCAUGACCACAAAAGUAGUGCGUCACAAAGGAGAGAAAGACAUAUGGAGGAGGCAAAUAAGGGAGGAAAGGCAGGGAGGUCAACCACACUCAUUGCAUGCGUCAUACUCUCUCUCAAAAUAACAUUUUUAUGUCGCGAUACAUAAGGCGGUGGACUUCCAUUAAUUCAACUCCGGUUAAUUCAAUUUUUCGGUUAAUUCGAUCCUGACCGAAGGCCCUGGCUGGUGCUAUGGGUCCAAAUAUUCAUUAUAUUGUUCCUAAAAUUGGUAUUCACCCAAUAAGUUGAACUUGACCAGUUCACAUGCAUGCCGACGCCAAUAACAACUCCUUUAGUAGCAGCAUCUGUCUUGGUGGAGCUUAGGACACAGUGAAUGCUUUUAACGCACGUCACCUCACGUUGAAAAUACGUAUUAUCGGCCUGCCCUAGGAAGAUUUUCAAGCAAUAAUGGUAGCUCAAAAAUGUCUGAUUACGGUAUUUACCCGAUUCUAGCAGGCGCCUUUUGUUUUCCAAGAAAAUUAAGCCUUAAAUGGUUUGCGCGGUGCAGUCAAAUACGCAACCUAAACCACCUUCACGGCAUUCGUACACUUUAACAUGACUGUAUUGCGAAGAAGCUUUAAAAUUGUGCAGUGAAGCCAACUUUAGGAUAUCGGGCACCAUUCUAAAAAAUAUUGGAUGUGCAUUAGAUUAGAAGCUUUUAAGUAAUUUCUACAUUAGCUUUCUACUUCGUACACACGGGAAGGGGGUACGCGUUUGGCUCGGAGAUGUGUUAAACUCGAGCAAAUACUGCCAAAUGCAAUGUGUUUUGUAUUUUUUUUCUGCAUCUUGUCCAAUUCAACCCGGCAUAUAAUUCAGUAAUUUUUGACGGUCCCAUAAGGGUCACAUUAGUGGAAGUCAACUGUAUAGUUACUACACGGAAGGCGUUGCAGCCCUAAACUUCUUUACCACUAAGCAAGCGAAGCGACGCAACUAGCAGCCACAGUGGACUGCUUUUGCUCACGACCAAAACAUAGUACAUUUCAUACUGGAAGAACAAAGGUGCGCAGACAAUACGGGAUUUGACAUAACCUCAUGUCAACAAGUUGUAGUUGUAAUGUACGAAGUGAGUAUUCCGUAGAAGGUGUUGCAAAUCACAAACUGUGCUGCGAAAUGUGGGUAGUGAUACCUCAGUGACUGCACUACUCACUGCAGCAUUGCCUGCUAAGCAUAGAACUGUACAUAGUGUUGUCGUGUGGUUGCGUUUAAAGGCACACUAAAGUGCAACAGUAAGUUUGUUUGGUCUGACGGUAUAAUCUUAGAAGAUGUGAUUUUCAUUGACCUGCUAGGAAGAAAAGUUAGUCAGCAGAGAAUGGGUGAGAGUUUCCCUCCUUGGAAGUUUUUGCAUUGGCUGCAGUAUGUCAGUGGGACAUUGCAGGUUUCACAUUUUUGGGGCCAUCCUUAUUUUGGAAAAAUGGGUACGUCAAGCCUUUUGUUCCUUUAGAAAGCAGUGUAAUGAUGUUUUAUUGAUUAGCUCUUAGCUGGUGCUGAGCAGAUACUUUCAAAAGUUCAUGAUGCGGGGAGUUCAAGAUAGCUUUUGUUGUUCUUUCAUAUAUUCGGGCUUACCAAGACUUUGCUCGCAGUUAGACCAACCUUUAUGAUAUUCCACGUCUAAUUAUAAUAAUUACAUAAGUGUAAUAAUCAAUUUGGCUUAACCUAACAGCAUUAAUCUUUAAUGUCCCUUUAAGGUGCGCUAAUUGGAUUGAUAGGAGUGCUACUGCCUAUGCAUGAGGGCAUUGUGAUAAGCUUUGCUGCUGGGUUCCUGCUUUCUGCAAGGGCAGUGGCCUUCGCUACUUUUAUUAAUGGGUCCCUGUUUUUGUGCAAGUGAUAAAAGUUGCUUUUUCAGGGGUUUCCAAUACCGCCGCACAAUUCUGAGCCAUGGCUCCCACUAGGCGCAAACUCUAUUUCGUUAUGUGUCUUGCACUGAUCAAGCAGAGCGCACUCGCAGACCUGGUUUCUGGCAUAAAUUACUUCUGGCCUGGUGUGUCUAUAGCUUCCAGAAUUUCUAUUCCCGAAUGAAACUGGUCUGGUUGGGCAGACUUAGGAAACUCCUUUUUCCUGAUUGAUCUGCACAAGCAAACCUCCAGAGAUAGGGAGGCACGGCUAGGGCAGGACCACUUCCACGGUUGUGAGAUGUGUUUUACCGCUACGCCCAGCUUUUCAUAUCGAGAGCACCUAAGAGGAUUGGCAAUGGGCUUGCGAUUGAAGGGACACAAGGUUGGGCUAUACUUGUUGAGUUUAAACAAAAUGUAGAUUGAAAGGAAGUUGCAUAGGUGACUAAAUUGGGUAGAAGUACUACUCGACGCUUCUAGAUUACUGUCAGUGACCCCUUUUCAUGGCGUGCCUCAUCCACUUGGCUAAACAUGUAGCCAUCACACAAGACAGAUGAUGGAGACACGUUAUGUGCAACAUGCCCACUGGGAUUGGGUGUGUUCUGCCAAGGCACACAUAGACGAAUAUUCAGAGGCUACCCUUUGUGCUGGGUGGAGACAGCUGUCACCCUGCCACGUGACAAACGAAAAUUUCCUAUGUGACCUAAAUUUUUUUUCAUGUCCUGGCAGACCUACCACCACCUAUUCAGAUCUAUUCUAUUCACGCUGAACACAGCUGUGGCACCACCUAAUCGGCAGAAACUCAGAGAUUGCUUGAGUGGUGAUUGCUAACCUUGGAGGCCAUCAAGUUCCAGACUGUCCGUGUCAGCUGCAUGGCGGUACGAGCAAUGGAUCUUGCCUGUCAUCUGCAGCAGACGUCAGAAAUGGGUCAGGUUUCUGUAAGCACCAAGAGGCAAAUAUCAAGCUGAUAAUAAUCUAGAGAUGUUGGUAGCACUGGUGUCAUGUUAUAGUAUUUUAUUUAUUUGACUCACACUCAAUAGCCCUUCAUUCAGGCCUCAGUGGUGUCAAUCUCACCAGGUGGCAAGCCUAAGCACUCUCAAAAUAUGGCUCUAUUCCAUCGAUGGCAUUGCAGUGCCUGUUGUGAGACAAGGAGUAUUUUAUAUGUUGUGCCAAUGGUAAGUGCACCACAGACAUCCCAAGGAAACAUUUUUGCUUGACCAGCUUGAAACUAUAUUUAUGCUUUGGCAUAAAUGCAGUCGUUAUGAUAUCCUCUUCGUUCGCUUCAUUGGAUCACACAUUUCAAGAUGUACCAUCUUUACUGAUCCCCCAUCCUUGUGCACUUUUUAUUUUAUUUGUGUCCUGCAUGUGCUGAAGAGGUGUUUGUGUCCACACAGUGUGUCUGGGUCAUUGGCAGUAGGCUUGAGGGUGAUUUUGAAAAGGCUGCCAUUGGCUCAGCACAUUUUUGAAAGUGUGGACCUAAGGGGGUCAUAGGUGCUGUACCAUGUCAGUUGGCAUCGAGACAUCACUUUCCGCAGCAUUGGUGCAAACAGGUUUUCCAGAGAAUCAUGAGCUUUGGAGACCAUGCUGUCUGUCGUCUGGUGCUUUGGUACAGAUCAACCUGGGCAUGAGAUUCAAAGAGCUGAGCUGCAGGUUAUGUGGUGCAUUCUUAUCAAGGAGCCAGUUUCUGUUUUCCUAUCAACUCUGGUGGUGUUGUUUUGCACACAGUACAGGAACAUGGCUUAUGCUCCUUUGCAAGCAACGCAUCUUCAUGACCUACAGGCAAGCAAUGCGUGCAGUCGAGUUGCUUUCAUUGUGGCUCGGACCAUUUUCCUGCCACCUGAAGUGGUCUCCAGAGUCAACAGCGACAUAUACAAACACAAAAUGAAGAGUACAAAUAGCAGGGAGUUUUCAUGAAACGAGGCUGUGAUGUUUCAUAAGUGGCAUUCUGUCUGUUGUUUUAACUUUUUUUUUUUUACAUAGACUCUGGCAGCCAAUGUUGUUGCUGUCCUAGGGGUGCAGUCAAUGUGUGAUGAUUGUAUAGCCCUGUGGUUGCGCUUUGCACCAUCUGAGACAGAUGUGAGAAUUUUAUUUCCCCACCGCCGCACAAUUAACAGAGCCCCGCAUUCCUCAAGCUCGAUGCUGUUAAGUGUUGAAAGAGAUGGUGCAUCCGUGUGCACACCAAAGGACACAGCUGGAGGACAACAGUGGUGAAUGGUGCGUAGUCUGGCACAAAGCGGCAGUCUUUUGUCUGCUUGAGCCGUGCUGCGGCUCUCGCCCUAGAAAGUGCGACGGUCCUUGGUCGACUUGUGAUGUGAGAAGUUGACACCCUCUGCCAAAGGAGUCGUGCACGAAAGACACUCUGAAGGACAAUUUUUGGAAUGUGCUUUCGACACGGUGCGUGGUGUUCCCCCGACUGCAGCGUCGACUCUCGAGCAUUCAUUGUAAGAUGAGUGCGCAUCGUACCACGUGCUUCUCACACUCUGUGUUCAUUCCCCCCAUUUCUUUUCGCUGUUGUUGUUGCUGUUGUUGCUGCCUUCAUUGUCAUCAGUGUUGAUGAUGUGACAUCAUGACUCGGCGUUGUUUUGCACGCUGUGUCUUCAUUUGGGUAUGCCAGUUGGUGCGCGAGAGAGACGUUGAUUGCCUCUUCCACUUGCUGUGGAGAGAGAGAGAGAGAGAAUGUGUUCUAAUUUAUUGCGUGGUUCUAGUUUUUACAUCUUUCUACGAAAAAAGGAGACCUGCUCCUGUAGAUAUGUGUGAGUGAUGUGUGUGUGUGUUUGGGACAUGCGCGUUGGGUGUGCCCGUGUCCCUCGGCAUGUGCUUUGCCCUGGUCUGUUGCCAAGUUCCUGCAGAAUGUGCUUUACCUCUCGGCACUGAGUAUGCACAUGCUUGGCAUGUGUGUCAUCGACAUCGCACACAUUGCUGCAGAGAAAGAGAUGAAUAUCAUUCACUGUUUGCUUCAAACGAUGUUCUUUUGAGAGAACUGACCCCCCCUCCCCUCAUUUUUUUUUUGUCUUCAUCUUGUGUUGCAUACAUUUGUGCCGUGCUGAACUUCUUGUUUGUGUGCCGUUUCGUGUCCUGACCACUCAGUUGUGUGGAGAACAGUGUGCCGUAAAUUGGGGCUGCCCUUUCUCUCAACUUAUUCGUCUUUCUUUGCUGGAGAAUCACAAGAUGGCAUGUUCUGCGAGUCUUUCUGCAUGUUCAUGCAAAAUUCUGUUCAUAAGGUGUGGUGGAUAGGGUCUUAGAGAGGGAAAAAAAAAGUGGUUAACAUGCUCAUUUCGGACGUGCACUCUGCAGUGCCGUGAAAAAGAAAAAUGCUCUGAUGGGUGAGGGAUGUUUCACUCUCUGGGAAAGCAUUUGUAGGCAGUAAGGACGUGCCGACAUUGUGCCAUCCUAAGCUUAGAGCUAGAGCACUGUCUAUUACGUUCUUUCGCUCUUCAGAGAUGCGUAAGGCUUAAAACGUGUGACUGUGCCACAUGUGCCAAAACUGCCACGCAAAAUGGCAUAAAAUGUCCACGCUAACUUUUGCACUUAGCAUUUUUGAGCUUACCACUGCUUUGUUUUGUGCCCAAAUUUUGCAACACGAUCACAUUUCUUAGUUAGUUGGCGUUGUCCAACGAAACACUUCGUUUUGUUGCUUACCUCGUUUGUCUUGGAAACAGGGAACAACCCACAAGUGAUCCGCUACGUAGACUUGAACUGGUUUCGCCACCUCUUGGCAACUAAAGGAAACAGCUUAGGUAAUGGCUCUGGCAGAAUGACAUUGCACGUUGAGCUGCUUCAGUUUUAUCAUGCGAAAAUAUUUUGUGAUCUCAUUUAAAACAAUAAUACAAUAGAGAAAUUUCACUGCGAGCCUGCAAAAUUGACUUGCUGCGCCUGCUAUCCACACUGUUUUCUUUAGUUGCUGACAUAUGGCGAAACCAGUUCAAGUUCAUGCAGCAGCUGUCUCACGUGCGUAGGGAAGUGGCUUUUUUCACUUCUUUCCAGAUGAAACAGGCAACCAACGAUGCCGUGUGGCUUGUUGUGAAAUUUUACUGCAAACGAAGCAGCAGCAAGUGCAAAAUAUUUUGUUGAAGUUUGCAUAACAAUGCAGAUCACUGUAAUUUGGGAAAUGUUGCAAGCGCUUCACUGUUCCCUUUCUAUGAGCGGUGAUACUAUAGAAUGCCUCUCUUCUGCAAAAGAAUGCACUAGGACAGGACACGUGGUUAUAGUUGUUGUGUGUUUCAAGGCUCUUCAUUUGGCAAGGGUUGGUACGUGCGCUGCUCACUGUGCUAACAAAAGAACAUUCGUGCUCUUUUAAUCUGUACCACUUUCUGGGCGUGCUUGGACAAGAGAGAACUUCGGCACAAAUUUGUUGUGACGGCUGCGCCCCUUUUGUCACGCGUGAUGCGUGCCGUCAUGAGCUUCUACAGUGUGUGAUCUUGUGCUGCCCGCAGAAAUUCCACAGUGAUGGAAGUGUCUAUUUUUUGUAACCGUUCCGACUGUAGCAGCCGCAUUGGUUGCUGUUAAGUCCCCUCUCCCGUUUUCCAAGUUGGCCAGUUGCGUAUACCAAAGCACCACCUCUCGUGUUGUCCUGCUGUUCCGCCCUUCUGUCGGGAACUGUGAUGGGGAGUCGGCGCACUGCCAGGCCUCGUGCCAGCAUAGUGCGCCAUCUCAGCAGCUCGUGUAUUGUUAAAUGUAUAUCAGAAUUAAAGUCAUAUCUUUUAUCCAGGGCUGCA